AUGGCGUCCUGUCGCACCCCCGCGCUGCGCAACCUCCUGACCUCGUCGACGCGCACCCUCCGCGCCGCCAACCAGCGCCGCUGGGCCCAGGUCCACGACGUGCGCUUCCUCGCCACGACGCAGCCGCGCCGCGCCCUUGCCGACAAGUACCGCGAGAAGCUCAACCAGAAGGCCCGUCUCGAGGGCCACCAGUCCGUCGACGACCUCAGGGCCGCCUACGCCGAGCGCAUCGACGAGCUCAAGAAGAAGGCGACGAUAGAGAUUCCGCUGCCCACGCCGCCGCCGAGCCCUUCCUCCUCCCCGCCUCCUCAGCCAGCAGCAGCAGCAGCAGCAGCAGCAACAGGAGCAGCGCCAGCAGCACCACAAGCAGCGCCAGCAGCACCACAAGCAGCGCCAGCAGCACCACAAGCAGGGGCACCACCAGCAGCAGCCGCCGCCAAGUCCGCCCCCUCCAAGUCCGCCUCGGGCGUCAAGCCCCUCGGCGACAUUCUCGACCUCGAAAAGGCCGCCGCGCUGCCGGCGAAGGAGCUCACAGCCAUCUGGCGCCUGCGCCACGCCCACACGCCCAACACGCUCUGCGCCGUCAUCCCGUCGCCGACCUACACAGCCAUCGAGGCCCUGGCGCGCCGCGCGCCGCAGUUCGUCCUGCCCGGGCCGCGCCCCGACCAGGGCGCCGAGAUGCACUUCCUGCAGUGGGUCUUCGACGCCGCGACGCGCACGGCGACCGUCAUGUUCACGCAGCUCGCCGAGUUCAAGGCCCGCGGCGAGUUCGCCCAGCCCCACACCACCGUCACGCACUACACGGACCUGCGCGACGCCGAGGCCGGCCUCGUGCUGAUGCAGGGCCAGGUCGUCGACGGCCGCGGCGCCUCCGUCGAGGACGCCCGCUGGCUGCUUCUGUGCCUGCAGCGCUUCUACGGCGGCUGGGACCUCGAGGCCAAGGGCGGCGAGCCCGAUCCGCAGCGGCUCGAGAGGGCUGUCGAGAGGCGGCGCCUGCUCGAGUGGUUCGCCGCGGCGGAUCCGAGGUUCAGCGUCGAGAAGCUGCUCGAGGAGGCCGAGAGGAUGGGUUGA